UACUAUUUGUGAGCUUCAUGGACCUAUAAUUGGAAAGUAGUGUUAACAAGAAGUUAUCCAAAGGACGGGCUGGGAGAGCUGGAGUCUGAAAGGCACUGUGAUAACCAAGAAGCAAGAAGAUGGUUUUAUUUCACUAAGUAACUAUCUAUGGAGUUUGGAUUUAGGAAGAUAUAAACGUAAAACAAUAUCACACAAGGACUUAAAAGAGGCGGUUAUGGCUUCAUCGACAGAAAAAGGAACAAACCAAUUGACAUUUACCUUUGUACCUGCCAUUGGAACACUUCCCAGUCAGGUGUCGGUUGGAACGGAUGAACUGCCUAAAAUUCGUAUAGGCCCAGAAGUAACAGUAACACAAAAGGCUGAAAGUGAAAGGAACUCAAAGAUAAAACAACAUCAACCUUCUGAAAGUUUUUUGGAUGUGUUUCACAAACAGAGAUCUGGAGACAGUUUUUCAAAGGAAGUGGCUACAUCAAACAGUUUGGAGGAAAUAAAACAUAAUGACCUUUUCAUAGCAGAAUUUGUUGUAGUAAUGGACUCUGAUGAUGGGGAAGAUGAAAAAAUUCCAAAAAAGAAGAAAGCAGCAAAGGACAAUGAAUUCAUAAGAGCACAGCAAUCAACAAUAGCAAAGCCCAAAGCGGCUCUAGCAGAAGCAUUUGCUAAUGAACUUAAUGACCCUACAGCACUACAUGAGCUCAGACCUGACUUGGGGUACCAGGAGUUGCAGCAACAUUUGUAUCUGCCUACCACUGAUGUGAUCUCAUACAGAUUUCAAUCAACUAAUCUAUCACAAUCGUCUAAAGGAAUAUCGAAGUAUAAAGGGUACACCAUUCCUUCCAUGAAUACAAAUGAAAAUAUUGAAGAUAUUAACAGAAUUCCUGAACCAUUGCUAUCACAAAAUUCUAAUUAUUUUAAUGUUUCAACCCAAAAUACACAACCACUGCAAUCUGAGACUUCACAAAUACAGAGCCUGAACACCGCCCCUGGUAAAUGUAUAAGGUCUAAUGCUAUGUCUCCUCUGCCUAUAAAAAUUAUUAAACACCCUUUAUGUCGAAGCCCUAGCCCACUUAACUCUCAAUGUUUUGGAUCAUCUUCAACAAUAUGUAGCGUGAAUGACUCCUUGUCUCCAGUUCCAAGACCUGAAGCUACAUCUCGGCUUUCAUUUCUAACAUCUUUGCUUAAAUUGAAAAAAUCAGCACAUAAUAGGACCAUAUCCCCUGAUUCAACUCAAUAUAAUUUUGGCAUUAAAUCAACCCCACAUUUCUACAAGACUGCAGGAACUUCAAGUCCACCAAGAAAAUCACAAUCUUGUUUUGCUCUUAAUUAUCCGAAAGACUUUAAAAUUUCAAAUGCCCAAGAAAAAAAUGAAAAACAAAAUCUGCUUUCAUCUUCAGAUGUUUUACACAGUGAAUCCUCAUUCUAUUCAAGGUCUCUUAGAAGUCUUUCUCCAGAAUCCAUACUAUUAAAAUCAUCUUCUGGGUCAUUUUUUUCUCGAAAAGGAGUUGUGUCACCGUUGUUAGAGCUGCCUCACCAGUCAAAUACAAUAUUAAACUCUAGCAGAGAAAAUAUUCCAUCUCUAAAUGAAAAACCACCGUUAAACAGACAGUCUUACACACCUUUAAAAAAAUAUUCUGUUCUGGGCAAAUCAAGAAGAGUUACAUUAUUUCCAUCUCCAUUACCGUUUCACGAAUCACUCUCAAAUGCUACUAGCCAAAAACAAAAUGUAAUGCCAUAUGUAAAAAGAUAUGUGCCAGACAAAAACAAUUUAAGGCCAUCUUUAAGCUUGAGUGAAAAUUUAGAGCAGAACCGUGCAAGAUCUACUUCACCCAUGGAAAUCACAGAAAGCAGUAGAUUUCCUCCAUCUUAUCCCAACACUUACCAGCUAUUUAAUGAACAUGCAGAUUCAGAAUUUGCCAUUUCCCCAUCAUUACUUUCAUACUACACACACCAUUUUGAGAGUUCUGAAGAGUUAUCAAGGAACUACAGCCCAGCGUGGACAUCACCUUCUAGCAUUUUGAGAUCACCAAGGUCAAAUCUGUCAAGAUCCUGCAAACUGCGAUCUAUAAAUUCAUUAACGCAAAGCUCUGACCGGGAAAAUAAUCAGUCAUACAAGAUCAAGUCAAGUUACAAAUCUUUUGCUGCAAUUCCUACAAAUACAUUACUUCGAGAUCAAAAGGCGAUUGAUAAACCUGAAAUAAAUUCAACUACUGCAAGUAAAGAAAACCUGGAUCCACAUCAAGAGAUGUGUUCUCCUGCAUUACUUAGGCAACAAACGGAGGAGAUAUGUGCUGCCAUUGAUGAGGUGCUACAUGAUGACCCUCUGCCCAUGCAUUGCAAAGUCGCAUCAAAACCUGCAAUAAGGAAGAGAGAUUCUAAAUCUGUCAGUAUACUGAGGUCUCCACAAAAAUCAGCUGGACGAGAGACAAAAUAUGCCUCUAUUCAGCAACUAGCAAACACAAGAACAAAUAACCUACAGACAAAGCCUGGGGUGAUUCGUCCUAUUUUAUUAAAAAUAAGUGCAAUGGAAACUAUGGAUGGACCCUUUGACUUCCAGCAAUUCUCCAUGCCUCAUUACAGAAAAGAGACAUAAUUUGCUGGAAGCACAAGAGGAAAAGAUGUGCCUUCGGAUGUCUGACCCUUCUUCCUGUUUUCUUCUAGCAUGGCUUAUCCAUAAUAGAAAUAAAGUCUAAACUUUCAUUUUUAGCAAAUGAUGUUAAAGCUCUUAAGCUAUACAAGUAUUUGGAAAUAUAUUCAUAUUGAUAUGUAUGUCUUUAUAGGCAAAUAUUUUAAAUAUUAAUUAAGUAACUGAUUAUUGUUGGACAUAGGUCAUGCAAGUCUGAAUGUGCAUUGCAGGAUUAGAGUAGGAAUCCAACAAAAUAUUAAACCACGGGUAAGCUAAUAACAUUAGGCAUUCAAAUCUGUUCUUUUUUUCUACACAAUUUGGAUUAUACUAAAUUUAUUAAGGUAAAAUGCCAGCAUAUUUAUGUUUGCCUGUAAUUUUGUUCCGUAAUUGGAAACUACCACAACAUUUGAACUGAUAUGGUUGGUUUACUACAAAAGUGGAGACUAUUUACUUAGCAAAUUAAAACUUUGUGCACAUAGCCAUACAUGGGACGCACAGUGUGCAGAGCCUGCAUGUGGACUUUUCCAGGACUUUUUGCCACUGUGUACAGCUGUCUAUUGAGAUGCAUUGGAAAAGAUGGCGGUACACGGUUUUGCACCAGGGGUUGCAUUAAGUCCCCUCAUGCGCACUGAUGUUUGUUCCAAAUGCAAUUCUUCUUUUGAAGCAUAUGUCAAUGUACAUGCAGGUGCUUGAUGCAACCACUGGUGUACAGCUACAAUUUCUAAUUCUCAAUGAUUGGCUGUACACAGGAGCAGUGGGUCUUAGGAAAGUCAGUUUGCAGGCUCUGCACACUGUACAGUCCCUGUACAGCUGUGUGAAUGAGGCCAUAAUGUUAAUUUUGCAAUAUGAAUUUUCAAUAAAUUUAGUAAAUAAAGUUAAGCUGUUUUUUUAUGCUACACAGUGCAGUGUGCACUCUCAAAACUAACAUCAAGUGCAACAUAGUGAGCACAGGGAGUGCACAUGGAUCUCCUCCAAAGACAACGGUCUCUGUCCCUGAUCCCCCAAGGUGCAAGACUCUUGAUGGGGACUGGGGUACUCAUGGUCUACCUGCCCAAAACCAGGUAGAACCCAUUCUUCAGGAGCUCUGCCAGAGAAAGGUCCACCCAAUUACUAUGUUGGGUAUUCCCAAAGAGAGACCCCAAUGUGUCCUCCCACCAAAACUUUCAGAGCAAGUUUGAGGACUUACACCAUGCUAAUCAGUAGUGAGGAAAGUACUAUGUUGUGCAAAAAGUGUAAAACAUACAACCAUAAAAUGGGGAUGGGGUAAAGAGUAAGUGCUUUUGUGUCACGGUGCUGUACAAUUGCUGGCUUUCCCAGCCCGUGAAGCAGGUGUAAAAAAAAAAAAAAAACAUGCAAUGGGUACUGUGACUAAGAUGCCAUACUAAAAACAAAUUAUAUCACCCCACCAUAAAUUUGUCUGGCACACCUGGAUUGCCAAUCCAGGGGCAAAAGCGCCACAAUUUUUUUCUCAGCCUGGCCUGACUAAAGAAAUGCAGCACAAUUUCUACCAGAAAGGCAUAAAUAUUAAUGAAGAGCUUUGGCUUCAAUCGGGAACAAGCCUGGUAAACCAGGCAAGAUUCCACCGGGGAGGAAAAGAUCUCUCCCACAACUUCCACCUUAUAACAUGCCACCCUAAUUGGGAAAGGGGACUGACAUUCUAUCCCUCAAAAACUGAUAAGAACUACUACACUUAAUCUUAGUCAAAAGGCCAAGAAGCUAUUUCAGACCCUUUGACCAUCAUCAAAAAAGUUGAAGCUGUGUUUGAUUUUCUGCUCUUUCUACUUAUAGAGCUGCAACCACUGAUGGAAUAUUCAACAUCCAACAGUGCAUGACUGCUUUACUACCAUGCCCCUUAAGAGCUGCAGAUACACACUAUUUAUGUAUUGGCUUGUGGGUGGAACCACAGAGAGCAAGGUGGAGAGGUUCACUGAAAUUAUUUUUGUAUGUUCUUUACACAUGAUUGAGUAUUCAAAGUGAAUGCAAGUUCACUGCAUUUACUAGCAUUCACUAAACAAAGUGAAUAUACAGUUACUUAAUGAUCAUUUAGUAAGAAGUCAUCACAUGUUUCAGAAAUAAAUAAUCAAUCCUCAUCAA